AUGGGAGACGCAUCACCCGAUUCCAACUAUCUCAUUGAGCAGCUCAAUCUGCUGGUUCAAAGUACAGAGACUCUAAGCCGAGGAGUCGACGAAACCCAACGUCUAGAGCUUCAGCGCCUCACUCGCCUUGCUUCGGUCGCUUUGGAAACACCACCCGAGACCACGGAACGCGUCAUCUUCGCAUACCUACCUCUGGUCACUGCACGCAUCAGCAACGACUAUGGCAUCCUCGCCAACUUGGUCAAAGGCAGCGAGGUCAAUCCAGUAGCUUUGUCCGACCUUGUUAAGACCAGUGGUUUGGACAGAUCUCUUGUUAGCUCCAUCAUGGACUACCACUGCUACGAGGGCUCCGCGAUUGAGCCUCGCCAGGGCUUUUAUGCGCCCACGAAGCUCACCCGUAACAUGACGGAUCCAUCUUUCGUCCACUCCUCAACCACCUUCCACGACAUGGUUGGACCCGGUUUUGGGGCUCUUCACCGUCUUCUCAAGAAUGGGCCUGAUCAAACUGGUCAGAAGACGGCCUUCCAAGUCGGGCACCACACCACCAACAGCUUCUACGACUGGGUCGAAUCCCGGCCGGAGGUCCACGAGGCGUUCUACGGCUACAUGGCUGGCCUGCACUCCAUCAUGGCGCGUUGGAUCAACGCUGUGGAUUUCGAUAAGGACUUUGCGCGUAAUGUCAAGGUGAACGAGGUGGUUUUCGUCGAUGUCGGCGGUGGCGACGGUGGCCAGUGUCUUGAGGUGCAGAAAGCGCAUAAGCUGGGCGGAAAGAUUAUUCUGCAGGACCGUGCUGUUGUCAUUGACAAGGCUACCAAGGCUAAGGAGGCUGGGAUCGAGUGCAUGGUGCACGACUUCUUCACUGAGCAGCCAGUCAAAGACGCCCGUGUCUAUUGCAUUCAGUUCUGUCUCCUCAACUGGAACGAUGAGGACUGUGUGCGUAUUCUCGCGGCUCAGACUCCUGCCAUGGGACCUGACAGUGUAUUGCUCAUUUCGGACUACGUGCAAGGACUACGAUGGGAGAACGAAGGUGGGCCUCUAGAGGCGGAUUUGUUCACACCGGCCGUAGCCCUCUCUUCGCACAUUUGCCAUGGAGCUAAGGGAAGGUCCCGCGCAGACUACCGUGAGCUUUUGGAGCGUGCUGGGUUAGAGCUAAAGGAAGUCAAGGCGCUGACCAGUUUCGGUCAGGCAUUGAUCAUCGCUAAGAAACUGUAG